AUGGGGUCAGGACCCUGGGAUGGGGUCUUAGGUUCAGGGUUGAGGUCAACAGGCCCCAAAGUGUCUCUGGAUAGUGGUAGCAAAUCUCUUGCUCUCACAGGACCUUCUACCUGGGAUCAGCAAGGUGUAGUUUUGGAGCUUGGAGCUCUAAAUCAUCACUUCUGCAAAUUACAGUGCCGGAGAAGUUUGACAAAAACACCAACCGGUGAUUGCUUUUAUCAAGGAAAUGUUGAAGAUAUUCCACAAUCUGCUGUGACACUAAACGUCUGCUCAGGACUCAGGGGAUUCUUGCUGUUAGAGAAUGUCAGUUAUGGAAUUGAACCUUUGGAAUCUUCAGCUGUAUUUGAACAUAUGAUUUACCAAAUAAAUAAUGAUCAAGUUGAAUAUCCCCCCUUAAUAGAAGGUUACUCUAGGCCCCACUAUAUAAGUCAGCCUUACAGGAUUCUUGUGAAAACAGACAAAACUUCAGAGAUAACAUUGAAAACAACACUGAAAAUACAAAUCAUAAUAGAUAAAGCAAUGUUUGAAUAUAUGGACUCUGACAUAGAUGUGGCAGCUGAGAAAGUGAUCCAUAUCAUUGGUCUUAUCAAUACGAUGUUUUCCCGGCUUAAAAUGACUGUUAUGCUAUCUUCUUUAGAGAUCUGGUCAGAUCAAAAUAAGAUUUCAACUAAUGGGAGUGCUGAUGAAGUAUUACAAAGAUUUUUGUCAUGGAAACAAACAUAUUUGUCUUCAAGGUCCAAUAAUAUGGCAUACUUAUUAAUUUAUAAGGACCAUCCUAAUUUUGUGGGAGCAACGUACCAUGGAAUGGCUUGUGAUCCAAAGUUUUCUGCUGGAAUCCUUCUGCACCCCAGGACAAUAUCCUUAGAGGCAUUUUCAGUUGUUCUGGCACAGCUAAUUGGAAUUAACCUGGGAUUAGCUUAUGAUGAUGUCUACAAUUGUUACUGUCCAGAAAGUACAUGCAUAAUGAAUCCCGGAGCAAUACAGUCCCAAGGUGUAAAGGUUUUUAGCCGUUGCAGCACAGACGUAUUUAAGCAGAUAAUUUCACAACCUCAAUUUGGAUGUCUAAGGAAAAAAAAACUUCUUUCACAAUUGACUGCCAAACAAAGCCCACCUGCUUGUGGAAAUGGAGUUGUGGAAAUCGGAGAGGACUGUGAUUGUGGCAAGCCGGAGGCAUGCAAAUAUACAAAGUGCUGUAAUGCCGAAAGUUGUACUUUUGCUAAACCUAAUUUGGAAUGUGGCAGUGGACCAUGCUGUAAUCCAAGCUCUUGUACCCUGUACGAAAGAGGACAUUUGUGUAGGAGAAGUAGAGAUGACUGCGAUUUUGCGGAAUUUUGCAAUGGAACAUCUGAGUUUUGUAUGCCUGAUGUGAAAGCUGCUAACUUAGAGCCAUGCCAUAAUUAUACUGCUUAUUGUCUUUAUGGGCUUUGCCGAGAUCCGAGUAGACAGUGUAAGGACAUAUUUGGAAGAUAUGCCUUAAAUGCUCCUUAUAUAUGUAUUGAAGAAGUAAAUUUUCAAAAUGAUAAAUUUGGAAACUGUGGAAGAAGUUGUAAUUUUGGGUUUAUCCUUUGUGGAAAAGUAGUUUGUAGCUAUGGACAUACAGAAAUAGCAGAUAUGAAAGAUUAUGAUUUUCAGUAUACGUACCUUGCAGGCCAUGUAUGCGUGUCUGCACAUUUAAGAAAUUCUUCAAGACCUGAUGAUACAUAUGCACAUACUGCCAAUCCUUGUGAUGAAGAUAGGUCUUGUAAUGGCAGGUCAUGUGUUCUCGUACAUGAACAUCCCUAUAAAGCACCUUGUAACUCACAUGAACAAUGCAGAGGACAUGGGAUUUGCAAUAGUAAAUUACAUUGUCACUGUGACGCAGGAUAUGCUCCACCAGAUUGUGAAGAAAUGCUGUCAUCACCAGGAGGGAGCUUCGAUGAUGGAUUUUGGGUUCCAUCAGACCAAGCCAAACUUAUGCUUUUAAACCAAAAAACUGUUCCUAAGAAAAAUGGACUCUUGAUCAGUUUCUACAUUUUUCUACCUUUCCUCAUUAUAACUUCCAUGGUUGUUCUUAAAUGGGAUAAAAUGAAGGAAUUUUUGCAUAGAGAAGAAACACUAAGUGGAGG